AUGCGCCUGUCCCUCUCUGACGGCAGCAUGAGCUUCCCGCCGGGCCAGGUGGAGGAUUUCGGGAGGAGGCACAGUCUCACUGAGUCCUCAAUCGCAGGCACUUCAGGGACCGGCGGGAAGCCGUCCACGCAGCAAUAUUCCCGGUUGCCUUUCACCGCCCCCUUGGCGGUGAGCGGUGUACACCAGUCCCGCUGCACGUUUCAGUUUGGUCUCAGUGGAUUGGCUGGCGCCAAGAGGAUUAUCGACGGGGAGAAGAUGAACUUGAUGAUGGAGCAUGGCAACAUGAUGAAGGACAUCAACCGUCGGCUGCAGGUGCACCUUCACGAGAUCCGCAGCCUGAAGGAGAUCAACCAGAAGCUGCAGGACGACAACCACGAGCUGCGUGGGCUCUGCUGCUUCCUGGACGAUGACCGGCAGAAGGGCAAGAAGCUGUCCCGGGAGUGGCAGCGGUUCGGCCGCUACACCGCCAGCACCAUGUGGAAGGAGGUGGGGACCUACAUGAUGAAGCUGAAGGAGCUGGAGGCCAACCAGGAGAGCGUGCUGAGGGAGAACUCUGAACUGAAGGAGAUUAUCCUCAUGCUGGACGAGGAGAGGAACGGAGCAGGCUCCAGGAGCUCCAUAGACAGCCAGUCCAGUCUGACCAACCUGAACAGCGGCACCGGUACGGUCAGGGAUGUUGGGGACGUCAGCAGCAUGUCCAGUACCGGCAGUGCUGGGAGUCCGGAUCACCACAAUCAUAACCACAUAAACAAGCCCUCAGAGAAUAAUAAGCUGGGCUCCACCAUGAGGCGGUCCAUGGAUGACCUGUCAGCGCCACACCAUCGCUGAAGCAUCCCCAAUGGACUGAAUGGUGGGUACAUGAGAAAAACUGGCUCCAAAUCGUAAAAGAAAACUUUUCCGAGCCUUCAUUAGCCUCCUCGUGAGGCAUUACUCUUCUUCACCUAAUUGCUUAAAGAUUAAUACACUCCAAGUGAUUACUCCGACAGCAUAUGCUGAUCAGAACUGUUGUGGAGGAUUAACGCAGGGGUCUUGGCUUAACCUCACUGCAAAGUCUUGAUUGGGGUGAUUACGCCCCAUGCACAUGCACAGCAUCCUCAAGUGGCAUCCUCCAGUCCCAUGCCAACCCAUCGCUUCAGACCGCGGUGAUUUGGGUCAGUGCACCUGUGGCUCUCAAGGAA